AUGCGACUUUAUCUAAAGCUGAUUGUAUUCGUCCUCCUCGUUAGUGGCACCACACUGGUCGAAGCAGCACAGAGCAAGCGACACACCGUGGGCAGUACGAGAUCGCUGCGAGUCGCCAAGUCCACCGACAAUGAAGAACGAGGUAUCCAAGAUCUAACAAAGGCACUCAAAACGACAUUUUGGCUCGAGACCGGGAAGAGUGACGACUACGUCAGGAACGUGUUGGGGCUGAAAAAUCUUUCAGGGGAUAAGCUCAAGACUGCCCCCAACUACGUCUACUAUGAGCAUUUCUUGCACGCUCUUGAAGGGCGUAAACUGCAGUCCUGGUUGGCCAAAGGAAAAACCACGAAGAGCGUAUGGGCAGAAUACAAGUUGGACGAUAUUCCUGCAGCUCAACUCAAAGACAAUGACGGCUUCAAGACGUACCUGCGUUAUGCAAUAAUGGAGGAUAACCAUUUCUACAAGCAAAAAAUCAUGGAACAGCCCGUAAAGGUCGACUACUCCGGCACUCCAGAGGAGUUGAGUGCAAAAGUGGACAUGUGGUUCACACUGAAUCGGCCGACCUGGUACGUCAAGAAGAUGCUGAACCUGGACCGCCGAUCCAUAAAUACCUCCCUAAAAAGUCCGAACUACCUGCACUACGAAAGGUUUGAGAUGAAAACUUGGAUGGCGAAAAAAUAUUCAACGAAUGCUUUCUGGAAGGACCACAAGCUGAAUACCGUUCCUGUUAAGCAACUGGAGAGUAAACGCAUCUACAGGAAGUUUGUGCGCUAUGCUACGAUGGUUGAUGACGAAUCUUUCCAGCUAUACAAAAGCGGCCAACAGUUCGAGAAACUCAAGGCUGGCGAAUCCGAGGCGGAGAUUAAAACAAAAGUGGCGAUUUGGGCCUCGAAGGAUAGACCUUUCAAGUACGUCCAGGACAUGCUGGGGAUCAAUGGAGCCAGAGACACGCUUAAUGCAAACUACAAGUACUUCGAGGAUUUUGUGAAGCGGACGAACAUACUGAAAGAAUAA